AUGAAUGAAAAAUCACAAGAUUUUAUGUUUACCGCACAAUCGUGUCUAUAUUGUCAUUUUAAUCUAACAUGUGAUAAUCAAAGAAAGGAUUUCGAUACACAAAACUGUCUCUGUGAGCAUAUGCAUAAGAGGUGUCAGGAAGAUAUUUGUGAUACAUGCUGCGAUUAUGCUCGAUGUCUCAUAAUUCAAUAUCCAACAUGUGAGAAUGAAAGAAGACCACGAGAAAUGAAAGUUUGCGAUUGUGAAGAAAAUCAUGACAGGUGUCAAGAAGAUGCAUGUGUUGCAUGUUGUAAUUUUUAUAACAAGAUCGUUUCGUGUAGAAAUUGUUAUCUUCAAGGACGGAAGUGUGAAUGGUCAAGAAUCAUGUGUAGAUCAGAUUUUGAGAAACAGAAGAAUAUUGUGAAAUAUUUGCAAUUUUACUCAGCUGGGUUUGAGAGAGGUGGCUUGACAGGAAAAUUGCAUUUGCAAGGGUAUAUCCAGUUUGAUACAAGAGUCAGAGGAAGUUACGUUAAAUCACAUUUUGGCCAGAAUUUACAUAUCGAUAUUCCUAAAUUUAACCCGCCACUUAAGUUAAACUCAAAAAGGAAACAGAAAUCUGGUGCAGAAUGUAGAUUUGAAUAUUCGGUUAAACGAUACGAUAGAUGCAUGACACAUAUAAGGUGUUCUUGCAGUUAUAUCGAUCUGAACGAUGUUUGCGAUGAUUGUCUUCCCACCAAAGAAGAAUGUAUUCGAAAUAGAAGAUCAUUGGAUAUAACCGAUAUGAAUGGGGUAGUACUUGAAAAAUAUAUUUUUGGAGAAUUGAAUACUAAAAUAGGUACACGAAAAUCAUCACGGAAAAGACAGCGAGAAAAUGACGAAGAAUCAAUGAUCUCGGAAAAUAGUGAUAGAGAUGGUUACAAAAAUCCAACACAUAAAAGAUCUCGUAACAACAAUACACAAGAUAAUGAAAAAGUAGAAAAGUACGUGACAAUGUUGAAUUUGUUGGGAAAAGGUGAAAAUGCAUACACUAUCCUAAAAAAGAAUCCAAGCUUGUUCAUGAGAGCUUCCCAGCUAAAGGCGUUAGAACCGGGUGCUCAACAUGAAAAUCUGAAAUCGAAGAUCGUUGUCACAAGCUCACGUUGGAAGCCACAUGAUUUUUUGAUUCCAAAAAUUGUCAAUGAUUGGAUAGAGGAGAAUGUUUUGAGCAAUCAAAAUACAGAUCAAAAAAAGCACGUGCUUGUGUUAAAGAAUGGUACCGGAAAAUGGAGUCUUGUCGAAUCGUUAACAAAUUAUGGGAUCAGGAUCGCGCAUUUUCGUAACGAGUUCCAACCGAGCAUCUAUGAUUCGAAGAAUUGUGAUCUCUUGUGUUUGGAUAACAUACAUGAUUUUACGAUCGAGAGCAAAGCUAACGGGAGAGUAUUCAAUCAUCGAAAGUACGCACAAUUACUGCUUGGAAAAGAUCGGAUCCUCAUAAACCAAAAAAAUAUAAUCGAGAGAUCUGUUCCAAUCGUGAUUCUAUGUACUGAUAACACGUGUCCUUUCACGUACAAUUGCAGCACAGAAGAUGAGAAUUUCUUGAAAAGAUUUUUUAGCAAUACCAUG